CUUCAACUCUGUUCUGUUGUUACUCCAGAGAGUUGGGCUGCUUGUUUUUCGCUGCGAUUAUAGUAAGUUGUACUGGAGGGAAGAGAGAAAACGACUGAAAAGAAACUUCUAUGUUUGUGGAUAAAGGACGAAUUUUGUCGUUUAUCUGUAGUUUAAACAGCGUCACACACUCGAUACAAGACGUAAAACAACUCUAACGUCGUGUUAAAGUGAGUGUUUUGUUAACCGCAUCGACUCCCUCAGGUUUUUGAGGACAAAGCCUACAGCCUUCGAGUGCUACUUUUCAUGGUUUUGUCCGCGCUGAGUGGUUAUUUAUUCGCUUAAUCGCUGCACGGAGAAGCGUGAAGUGGAAGAUACUUUUUUACGUCAAUAUAAUGGAGCAGAACAUUUUCCUGCCCUUUGUUCUGGUGCUCAUUGUCAGCCUGGGAGGAGCCUUCUCACAGACUCCGACACAACCAAUUGUUUGCUCAGCACGGAGUAACACCAGUUGUGAAGAAUGUCUGAGCAAUGUAACGUGUCUAUGGUGUUACUCAAACAAGAAGUGUAUUGAUUACCCAGUGAAAAACAUUCUUCCUCCCAAGUCGCUCUGUGAACUGUCCUCAGCAAGAUGGGGAGUGUGCUGGGUGGAUUUCCAAGCUCUUAUUAUCACAAUCUCUGUGCUGGCUGGGAUUUUGUUACUGAGCAUUAUUAUAUGUUGCUGUUGCUGCUGUCGGAAGAAGCGUAACCCUGGACCUGAUAAGGAUGAAGAAAAAAUGAAGCGUCAAAAUGAGCAAAGGAAAAUUCGUCAGGAGGAAAGAAAAAAUGAGAUGAGAAUGAGACAUGAAGAAAUCCGGAAGAAAUAUGGACUAACUAAGGAGACUCCAUAUUCCAGAUUUGAAAACAGUUGAAUGAAAAAUGUGAUACCAAAGACUGGAUAAACUGGAUAACCAAAAAAAGAUCUUGUUUUAAUCUCAUUUAAUCACCUACAGUAUAUUUAUAAAUUUGCUACUUUGCCUGUCGAGCCUUGUCCAUUUUUUUAAUCUAUAUGUUAGCUCAUAUUAGGACAAAGUUUUGUUUUGUUUUUUAAGACAUUAAGUGGUGAUUCAGUGAAAUUGUACUAAUGUGGUGGAACUUCAACAAAAAUGUAUUCCUAAUUCACUUGAUGUUUUGAAUUUACUUAAAUAUAUUCAAUGUACUCAAUCAGUUUAAAUCAAUCUUUUGAGUAAUUUUCUUUACCUAAAUGAGAGAUUACUAUGAAGCAGUUACAGAGAGAAUGGCUAUUUCAGAAGGCUAGUAUGGCUUGCUUUUUAUUAUUACUUUGUAUUUACACAGUGACAGUAAAUAUGUGGGGGAACCCAACUAGUACAGUAAUGAAGUGAUGUUAUGAAGAAAUCAGAAUAUGAACAGCAGGCCUUUAUAGCACAUGUUUUAAUAAACUGGUGACAUUUGUUCUGGAAAUUUAUAGCUCGAUAAUCCUACAUUUAAAUGUGUAAGUUAUGGUCAUUUUCUGUUCCCAUUUAGUUGUCCUUUCACAAUUUCAGUGAUGUACUGAUUUAGGACAUAAUGCUUUAUAGGCUUGGAUUACAUUAUUUUAGUAAAGUGCAUUUGAGAGAAAUGUUGGUCUUGAAAGUUUCUGUGCCUUUUUUUUUAUUUUUUUUUAUUUUUAUAUAUAUAUAUAUAUAUAAGAAAUGUUCAUUAAAUUCUGUAAACAAAGUUGUAUUUCAAGGAGCACGCAGUGUUGGUGUCUGUCUCAGUCUCACCCUUAGCAGAGCUGCAUUUAUGAGAAAUUGGAUCCUUUGUACCAGGGGCUGGCUGAUGUCCAGAAAUGCAAGCAAGAUUGAGUUUUGUAGCAGAUGUUGAACAAACUUCAUAUUGCAAUGCGAGUCUAGUGAGAGAGUUUUUAAGUAUACAGCUACAGCUGUUUUAAUAAUGAUAAGCAGGGUUGAAGAUUGACCGUUUCUGUGUCUGUUCCAGUUCUGUUUUUUACAGAUAAUCCUAAAUAAAGCAAGUCUGCUAGAUUCAUUAACUCAGUUGUGUUCUGUAUUUCACGGUGUUGGUUGUUGGCACCAGGACUAUACUUCAGUUUAUCUAGGAAUGUUAGUCAAACUAUUUGUUGUUUUUAGGGUACAUACUGAUAAAUACCUUGAAAUCAAAGUACGUUGCUCUGAUGUCAGAAGCUUUGUUCCCGUCAUCUGUAAAAUAACAUGCAUUGAAAAACACUUUUUACAGUGAUUAAGUCUAUUUUUUUUAAUAUCAAAAUUGAAAAAGUGUUAAAUCUGUAAUGAACUUUUUUAAUAAUUUGAAAUCUGCAUGAACACUUGUGAAGCUUUAUACUUUAUUUUUAUAAAUAACUUGGACCUUGUGGUUAAAAUAAAACACCAGUUUAGUGGUAUGUUGCAAAUAAAUUUGUUCCAAUGAUAUAUGUACAAAUAAUGAGUGAAAAAUAUCAGCUCUAGGAUCUCAUGCACUAUCAUACAACCCCAAAUCAGAAAAGGUUGUGACAGUGUGGAAAAUGUGAAUAAAAAAAUAAAGCAGUAAUU